AACACGUUAUAAAUGCCAGAGACUUAACCAUGCGUGUAAAUUUAAAAGUUCAUGAUAAAAUUAAAUUACCAAUGAGUUACCAAAUUAUUGAGGCAUAAAAAUCAUAAAUUGACGUAAUAAUCUUCACCGAGACGUGGAAUAUCAUGCAAUACGUGGCAGACGUAUCCGAGGAAGUAUCUCAAUUCGUCUCGAAAUCAGGAAGCUGUGUCUGGGACACUGGCGAACUCGUUCUCGACAUUCUCCUGGAGUUCGUGACCCGUUCCAUCGAGCUCGGCCUCUCGGUCCUCGCCCUGGGCUUUCAGGUCCUUUGCAUUUUCCGGGAUCUCCUCAUCGAUGCCCUCAGGACAUUUGCAAACGCGAUAAAGGGAAUUGUUAAUGUUGUGGGAGCUAUCGACAUCGAGGACGUAGAGGAUUUUGCUUCUGCCUGCAUUGUGGUGAUCCUGUGGAUUGGAGCUGGAAAAUUCAUGCUAGGAGUCAUCGAGAAGAGCAAGGGAAAGUACAGUCCGAUGCAGCUGUUCACCCGGAUGAUGGAUAUAUACAAUGAAAAAUUAAAAGAACCGCCUCCGUGUCCUAGACCUUCAGAAAAUACCUGGAUCCCUCGCCAGCACUCGUCGAGAAAGAAGAGUUCGCACUCCAGAGGAAGACGCAACUCAAAAAAAAGAUGACUCCCAUCAAGAUAUUCACUCAUAGUUAUUGAAUAGUCUCGAUAUUAUCCAUCUCCUUUUAUUACUAACAAUGUAUAAAAAUCC